AUCUAUCAUAAUUGGUGUGAGACAACAUUAAUUUAAAUGCAGGAUAUUAACGUGACAACAGAACACUCUUAUCUUCACAUAAUAUGAAAUACCUUACCCAUCAUUUUCAUAGCAUUAUACCAAUUAGUUGUCUUUAAUCAUCUUCGAUGUCACUAACCCUCAAAUUCAAAAACAAAUUGAAUAGUCUAAAUAAUUGGCGGUUUGGGCGGCAUCCAAUUGUGACAGGCCACGUAUAGUGGGACCAACAACUUCCUUACCUCGUUGCUAUAUAUAAAGUCAAGCAUUAACAUGCCCAAACCACACAGAAAUAAAAAAUAACUUGUAAUCAACCAAAGUCGAAAAACAGAGCUAUCUUGUCGGAUCAAAAUGGUGAAGAUUGAGAUUGGAAGUUUGGGUGACUCCUUUAGUGUAGCAUCUCUUAAGGCUUACUUGUCUGAAUUUAUCGCAACUCUUCUCUUUGUGUUUGCUGGCGUUGGUUCUGCUCUUGCUUUUGCCAAGCUCACAUCCGAUGCAGCCUUGGAUCCGGCUGGUCUUGUCGCUGUCGCGGUGGCUCACGCCUUUGCCCUUUUUGUCGGUGUUUCCAUAGCCGCCAACAUCUCCGGUGGACACCUUAACCCCGCCGUGACACUCGGCCUCGCCAUCGGUGGCAACAUCACAGUAAUAACCGGUUUCUUCUACUGGAUUGCUCAAUGCCUUGGCUCCAUCGUCGCUUGUCUCCUCCUCGUCUUCGUGACCAAUGGCGAGAGCGUACCGACUCAUGGAGUUGCAGCCGGUUUAGGAGCUAUUGAAGGAGUAGUUAUGGAGAUUGUGGUGACCUUUGCUCUGGUGUACACAGUCUACGCCACAGCGGCUGAUCCAAAGAAAGGAUCACUUGGAACCAUCGCUCCGAUUGCUAUCGGUUUCAUCGUUGGUGCCAACAUCCUCGCCGCCGGUCCCUUCAGCGGUGGUUCGAUGAACCCGGCCAGGUCAUUUGGACCGGCUGUUGUCAGCGGUGACUUCUCUCAAAUAUGGAUCUACUGGGUGGGUCCACUAGUCGGCGGUGCACUUGCCGGACUCAUCUACGGCGACGUCUUCAUCGGAUCCUACGCUCCGGCUCCCACCACAGAAAGCUACCCUUGAUCAAUCAUAUACGGUUUUAAUUUGUUUGGCUUGCUUUUUGUUGUGUGAAAAUGUUUGGUCCAAGUUUCUUCCGAAAAGGAAUGAUUGAAUGUGGAGAAAAAGAUCAAAGUUGUACUUUGUGUUGGUUUAAAAAUAAAAAUUGUAUAUUUUCAGAAUUUCUUUUUCAUAAGAUCAUUGAUCAGUAGCUA